AAAACACAGGAUCCAAUUGAAUACAUAAUUUCCAAGAGAAAACGAUCAGCACAUAAUCGGGUAACCCGGUAUCAGUUCUCAGUUCUCACCCGUCUUCGUUCGUAGUGGCUCUCCGUCGCGGUUGCACCGCCCACGUAAACCUAUAGAAUCGACGGAGCAAAUUCUUCCAUCUUAUCAGAAGUGUCCUUUGAGAGCUUUAUUGAUUCCUCAAUUGUGUGCCAACUCUCCAGAUUCAAAGUUGGUAGAUGAACCCUAGAGAAAGCUUCUACCUUUCUUCCAUGAGAAAUCCAUAACUUUCUCCUCAAUCAAAUGCCACUUUGCGAGUAAUGUGUCUGGUGUGAUGGGUAGAAGAAAGCAAACUCAGCCUCGUAGGGCACAGGCUACUGUUGGCAACAAUGGUGUUUCUAAAGAGGAUUUUUGCAAUCCAGACACAUCCCAUGCUUUAAAAAAUGAGCUUUCUAGUCACAACAAUUCAUUUUUCAUCGAAGUUGAUAGGGAUAACUGGGUGUCAACAGAGCAUUAUGACAUCUCAGAAGUGGUUCUGACAAAUUUGAAUGUAAGUGAAGAGUGUUAUGAUAGAAAAUACGAGGAUCAAGAUUUUAUCAAUGAAGAAAAGUAUAACUUUAGGUUUCGGUUGAACGAUGUAAUAAAACCAUUGCAUAUCCCUGUCUUAUCUACUUCUGAUAUCUAUCUGGAAUUCAUUGAGAAGCGAGUGGACAUGGAAGCACAUGUGAUGGUAACAGGAAAUUUUGAUGGGCCUAGUGAAGGUGUUUCAGGGCUUGUUCACUUGGUUAGUAUGAAGUUUUUGACUUUGAGGCCUACUACAGGGUUGACUUUUUCAGGGAAUUUGUCAUCUAUUAGAUUAAGAGUAGAGAUACAAAAGUGUACAUUCGAGGGUUCUGAGUCAUUUUUUGGGACUACAAGGCAGAUAUGGAAGAAGAGUAUGAUGAAUGUCAUGGCUUGGCUACGCCCUGAAGUAACUACCUCAGAGGCUAGAUAUGGAUAUAAGGUACCUGAAGACAUGGAGAUUGGCUUACAACUAAAUGAAAAUAGGAAAGGAUACAGGUUCGAUGUAUCUGGUUUUUAUGAAGCAAUAAAACCCUCAAAGGAUAACCCGAUGCUAAUGGAUGACAUGCCUGACUUGCUCCCUGAGCUUAGACCAUAUCAAAGGCGUGCAGCUUUCUGGAUGGUUCAACGUGAGAAAGGAACUUUCAGACAUCUGAGAGAAAGUCAACAAAGUCAAUCUGUUUCGCCCCUAUGUGUCCCUGUGGAUUUAGUUGAUUCCUGCUCUAAAAUAUAUUACAAUUCAUUUAACGGAAGUGUUUCAACGAAUCUUGAGAACUGUUCAUCUUAUGUUGUUGGUGGCAUUCUUGCAGAUGAAAUGGGUCUAGGGAAAACCAUUGAGCUACUUGCUUGUAUAUUUGCACAUAGAAAAUCGGACAUAGAUGCUGAUGAUAUAAGGAAACAAGACAAUACAAGUUGCUGGAGAGCAGAAAUCUAA